AUGAGAGGCGAUUCGGGAUCCCCAGGAGUGGGAUGUCGCCGCCCGCAGCGCAAGAGGGUGAAAACGAAAAGAGCGAUGGAGUCAAUGCAACAAGACAACGAUAUGGACUGGGAGGAAGAAAAUAGUAUUGAAAGAGUGUCGAGAAACCACAAAAAUCGCACAGUUGGGGCCACAGCGGCCGAGAGAGCGGACGAGGGAAUCCGAGGCGCAGAGCAACCCGCGGAUCGUGACUUCAACAACAAUUUGGACAUCAUCAAGGCAGAAGUUCAGAUGCAAUUCAAAAAAAUCAUAGCAGAGGAGGUCGCCAAGAUGACGGCCCAGUUGACCGAAGAACUGUCGCAAGCGCGAGACCAGCUUACCCGAGCCUGCCACAGAGGAAACAUCAACCGCAUUAGGAUCCUCGGCAGGAACGAAGAGGAAGUCAAGAAGAUCAAGGACAUUAUGGAAGCGAAGAAGACGCCGGGCGCAAGAGUCCUUCGAGACCAGCUGUACCCUGUCAAAGUUGACAACGUCAAUCGCACGGCUGUCAUCGACCACGAAGGCAGGGUCCUUCCUGGAGCUACAGAAGCCUUGAGCCAGGAAACGAGGUGCAAAUCGCCAAGAUGGCCUGGCUGA